GGUACCAGUGAUGGCUGCCAUUGUUUUAUGUGAGCUCCAAGACCUGUAUAAUCUCCUCAAUCAGAGAGUGAUUGUGUGCAGACUGGCAGAAAUCAACUACCUUUGUCUGAUUGAUGCUCGUGAAGCUCAGGAUUAUAAUGUAAGCCACAUCAUAACAGCCAAACGUGCAAAAACGAAUGCCAAAGGGGUGUUCCUUCCUCUUGAGAAUGUGGAGAUGGAUACCAUGCAGAACAUAGUUGUAUACGACAGCAAAACCAACUGCCUCGAUGUAUCAGGCAGAGCAUAUCAGUGUGCCAAGAUGGUGGCCAAAUCCAGUUUAUGCCUGGUUCAUAUUUUAAGAGGUGGCUUUGAAAGGUUCUCUGCUGUGUAUCCGUUUUUAAGGACGGAAAAGAUCAUGUACACCAUCAAGGAGCUAGAAACCAUGAGAACCUACCCAGUGGAGAUCAUUCCAAAAAAGCUCUUCAUGGGCAACCAGACUCAAGCCAACUGCCGCACCAUGAUGGAGGACUUAAAAAUCAAAGCAGUUGUUUGUAUAUCAGCAUGCCACAUGCCGGUCUGGAUCAGUGAUGUGCUCAGGGUGGAAGUAGGAAUGGAGGCGGACAAAGUGGAAUUUUGUUUUGAGAAGAUUUGUGACUUUAUUGAUUCCCAUAUUAGCAACGGCUCCCGGGUCCUGCUGGUGUCCAGACAUGGCUCUGUGCGCUGCAGUGCUGCAGCCACAGCUUAUGUAAUGCUCCAUCACAAACACAGCCUCCAGGAGGCCUGGAGCUAUGUGAAGAAAUGCAAACCCAGUAUUAUGUUUAAUAAACGUUUCACUGAGGAGCUGUCGGACUGGGAGAAAAAGAUUUCAGAAAAAACUACUGUUAAGCCUGAAUAA